UUUAUUACAGCCCGGCUGCACUCCACCCCGCGCUGGCGGACUUUAGCCCAACAGAAAAAGUAGCAGCAAACGCCUCCGGAUCCCAACCGGCAGCGUCAAACACAAGGAAGGGCCCCCAAAAUAAUGGCAAAAUUUCUGUCCCAGGAUCAAAUUAAUGAGUUCAAGGAAUGUUUUUCCCUGUACGACAAGAAACAAAAAGGCAAGAUAAAAGCCUCGGACCUGAUGGCCGUGAUGCGGAGCCUGGGAGCCAGCCCAACACCGGGAGAGGUGCAGAGACACCUGCACCUGCACAGGAUCGACAGAAAUGCAGAGUUGGAUUUCUCCACUUUCCUGAAUAUAAUGUACAGGCAGAUGAAGCAGGAGGAACCCGAGAAGGAAAUCCUGACAGCCUUGUCCAUGAUCGACAGGCAGAAGAAAGGUGUUAUCACCGCCUCAGAGCUGAGAGCCAAACUCACAAGACUUGGAGAAAAGCUUUCCGAGGAAGAAGUUGAUGACCUGCUAAAAGAAGCCAAAGUUGGACCAAAUGGGACAAUAAAAUAUGAAGAACUUGUCCGCGUCAUUUGUCUUCCUGCAGUCGAUUACUGAAAUUCGAAUGAAGAGAUUUGAUAAGAGCAGGACCUGAAAUGUUUUCAACUUCUUUUUUUCCCCAUUUAUUACUUGGACUCUGGAAUCAUCAUUUGCCUUUAAAAAUCCUUCUUUUGCCUUGAUGAUAGUGCUUACACAGGUUCUCACCCUGUUUCUGGAGAAAUGUCACAAAAUGUGAGUUCUCUGUCAUUUAAAUAAAUUGAUUGUAACAUUC